UUCCUUUUUGGUAUGUCUCACUUGAUGUUCCUCAAACUGAAGUGGCAAUCUUCACACAUUUCCCUGCUAAGACACUUAGAUCAUGCCGUACACAUUCAACUGCCGUUCUACAUGAUGGGUGUGUGUUAAUUUUAGAGGGAUAUGGAGAGAAGACAGCAUGAGGAAACAGCAGAGGGCUCCAGAUCACACCAGUCAACAGUAACAGGAACCCUUGCACUAAAGAACUUCACCAUACCCAGGAAGAAACGCACCUCCGGAGAAGUACUUUUGGAAUGUUGUUCAGAAGAGAGCCGCGAUUACAGUCUCAUUCAAACAAAACUCAAAGACUUCAAGCUGGACACAAGAAAGGAUCAGGCAAAUGCAUGGGUUUGGAAAGAAAUCUGUUUAGUGCACAAUGAGGAGCUCCUUAAAAAGUUCUCUGAAAAAAGGGCAGAGAUGCGUGCUAAAGGAAGACAUGGGAGAGAAAUGGAGGAAAGAUUCUGCUUUUUAGCGGCAACAGAUCAAAUGACGACCCAGAUUUAUCAGCAUGGUCUGCCGGUUGGCAGCACAACACAGCAUGCCUUGGGAAAGCCAUCUUAUGGAGUAUAUCUGUUCAAGCACGUUGAUGUGGCAUUGAAAUCAGCCUGCACGAGUGCUAAAAAGCUGUUCAUUUUCAAGGUUCUUUAUGGAAAAGUGAAAAAAAUUGCUCCAUGUUUGGACUGGAACAAAACGCAGGAUCCCACAGUUGCCUUCGACUGUCACAUGUGUAAAGAUGCGGCAUCCCAUCGAGACACUCUUCACCAGCAAAUACUGGGCUCUGCUGUUUUUCUGUUUGACUUUAAUGAGAAGCAGGAGCUUAAUGAAAGACCCAGGCAGUGUUUGCCAUAUGCUGUAGUUUCAUUUGUUCCUGUCAGCAGUGCCAUUCAGACUCUACAUACAAACCUACCAACGCUACCUAUUGGCCAAGUGCAUGACCGCUAUAAGGCAUGUACUGUGGCAGAAAGAAGAGGAAAAGGAAACACGGCCACCGUUACAUUCAAACGUUUUGGCACACCACACCUUUAUGAGAUGGAUUAUGCACCUCAGAAUCCAAGAGCAGAAUCUCUAUUUCAGAAGACUGAUAUGCAAAACACUCAGUCACUUAACCUAAAUCAGCACUGGACUCCUGCCAGCGAGGACUCAGAAUCUUCGAGCUGCUCAGUGCCAGUUGUGGACCACACUGCUCUCUCCGAAAACUGGCUGGGGAAAAAAGCCUUCCUGAGUAAUCACAAACAAAAUGCUGAAAGAAAUGAAAACAAAUGGAACUCGUUACCUCAAACUCCAGUGGACAAGAUUUCCACUGUCGUGUAUUCUUCACGCUUGGUUAGAGAUCCUCGUCUAUCUAGACAAGACGCAAACCAACAGACCAACUGCUUGAAUGGAGAGGAAGCAUACACAGACUCAGGAUGUGAUGAUAGGAAUUACAAAUCAGUGCAUCAUAACCAAGAGAAUAAUUAUGGAUUUGCUGGAAGUAAGUGUGAAGAUCCGUCAAGUAUGAACCAGAAUGAUGCUGAAAAAGACCAUCCCCUAAAAUUCUUAGCAAAUGAUCAAAGUGCGCAUGCCCCAAUAUUGCCUUCAAUGAGGUUAUUCAAAUUAAAAUUCCAGAAAUAUGCUGCCUAUUUCAAAAUGAAUGAAGAGGAAAGACAUCAAUACAUUUGGGCACAUGAAAACAUGUCGCCAGAACAAAAGCAAGAGUUGGCCGACCGGAUCGAUUUUUACUACAUUUAUUAUCAAAAGUACAAGAAAGGAUUACUCUUUCCAAAACUGAACAAGGCAAAGACCUCCGGUCUCUCUCAAACAGAGCCUAAAGAAAGUAUUAAACAAACAAUAAACAAUGAAUUCAAACUGAAUUUACGAUGCGUUGAUGCCGGAAGUCUGUCAGAGAACAAUGAUUUGUUAAUCAAGGGUAAUUGUAGCUCAACACACAUUCAUGAAACCACACAUCCAGAUCAUCCACAAGGGUUGUUGAAAGAAAUUGGAAAGGAUUGCCUGCUAAAGAUGCAGGACUAUGUGCCUUCAGAGAAAACCUCAUUACUGGAAUUGUCGAAUCUCAACAUCACAGAUGAAAACACAAAUAAACAGUUUAAGCAUAUUAAGCAACCAAGUCCUUUAACAUGUUCCUGCAAUAAAGCUAAGCUCAAUAACAUUGAACACGAGCUCUGCAGAAGUGUGGAUCUGCAGGAGAAUGAAUCGAAUCCAAGUGUUAACUUGGUUGAAAUACCCAACUCUGAGGAUGCAAACAACAUCACCAUCAUGAAUAUCGCAAGCUUUAUGGAAGUCUCUAGCAGCCUGACAUCAGAUUGUAAUCUCAGUUCUGUCAUGCCAGAAAAGGAAAAGCAGAAUUUGACAAUCUGCAACAGUGUUAAAGAUAUGGAUUCGUUUAAAUAUGAGAAAUGCUGUGAAAUAUCUCCAGAGUUUGACAUGGACACAGUACAGCAGGAAUUGUACAGAAGGCUUCAACUUGAUCAACUAUUGCCAAGCAAAAAUCAAAAGCAUGUUUUCUCCUCAAAGGCUUUCCUAAUGAGCAGACCCACAGACACAAUUUCCAAGCCAAAAAACGAUAAUGAAGACCACUGCGAAGCUGCAACAAACCUAAACAUGAAAAGCUGUGAAGAUAAUCAUUUCACAGUUACUCUAAAAGCCAAUAAAACAUCUACUGAUAUUAAUGAAAUGCUUUCUCUCUCUGAGCGAUUUUCAAAAAUCAAAGUCCUUCAAACUAAAAUGGGUAAAGGAAGGAACAAAAUGAGGACAGGGACACAUAUGUGCAACAACGAAGGGAACAAAAAACAUGUGAUCUGUAAUGCAGAACUAAUACAACUAUUAGCACAGAAGUACAGCAAAUCCAAAAUCUUGAAAUGCAAGAGAUUACACAGAUCAGACAGGAAAAAGAUAUCUUUCAAAAAACAGCACACAGCUCUAACACUAGGUCACUCCUUCAAGAGAAGGAAAUAUGUCAAGAAAACACAUUUUUGGCAGGCAAAAAAGAAUCGUAGCAGAACAGUACUGUGUCCCCAUGCAACAGUCAAUCCACAUACAUCUAAAACAGUCAUCACAGACAACAAAGAUCCAGACCCAGGCUCCAAUUUAAGAAUAACAUCUGAAGACGAUGUUGGCGAACAGAAUGCUAAUGUUUUUGGAAGCAUACCCCAAGAUCACUGUAGUCCAGUCAUGUCAGUUAUAAGCAAAGAUCUCCCACCAUCAAUGGAAUUCAACACUAUUCCUGAGACUAAAGAGGAACCAAUCAAUAGUAAAAUAAGAUCAAUAAGCAAAAAUCUCCCACCAUCAAUGGAAUUCAACACCAUUCCUGAGACUAAAGAGGAACCAAUAAUUCUGACAGAACCAUCUUUAGAAAAUCUAAGUAAAUGUGAUGCUGAUUUCACUGAGAAGGAAACAAAAGAUUUCACUUCACGAGUAAUGGUGGAUAAAGAAGAACAAAUGGCGACUAAAAGCAGCUCAAAUCAAAAUAAAGUAUGUUCAGUCGCAUGCACUACUAUUGAUUACACCACAGUGUGCAAGGAGGGGAACAUACUCCUGAAAGAGACAUCAGAGACUGGAUUGAAUACAUUAAACAAAGAACAUUUUACACUUGAAAUGUCUGAUAACAAUAUAGAUGCUUCUGAGAACUUGGCUACACGUGAUUGUGAGGCAUCAGAAACUGAAGUCCAAACAAGCAUGACUCCAGAGGACAAGGUGAUGGAUACUAUUGGUGAUACAUCAAAAACAGGGCCUAUACCAUGCACUUUGCAGAAUAUAAGCAUGGAAGGUGUUCUAAAUAAUCAGUGUAUUGAAGGAGGAGAACACACUCCAGCAGAUAUCCCAAAUGAAAACAAAUCAUGUCUCGACAUUACCAACACAUCCGAUGGCAAUAGUGUUUCGAGUACUGAAAAGGAGGUGCUUAAAGACACAACACUGAAUUCAAAGCCGUGUAGUCCUGAAGAUUUGUUAUGUGCCUCAAGUAACAUUGUAGAUAUUACUGUUGAUGAAUCAGCAUUGAGUGGUCAGUUUGAGAUUUCGGAACAGACAGAAACCAGUGUUACCAAAUCAGCAAGAACACUCAAAGACAACUCCGAAUCACCAAGGCCAGAUCAAAACAAAAACGAUGAUGCAAACUCACCAGAAACCCAGCUCAUUUCUAAACUUCGAGAUUAUUUGACCAAAUUUGAGUCUACUGUCAAGAAGCAAGAAUCAGCGAGUGAAGAUUUGAAAGAAAGACCAGUGGUGUGGAUUACACUCGACAGCACUGCACAUAAGCAACAGUUGUUUGAAAAAGGCCAAUAUUGCAUGGUGAAUUUGCCCUGCCUGGUACCUAAUGAGACUGACGCUGUUAUAAGAGGCAAUAGCGGUAAUAGCACUGAAACCUCUGUUCAAACCAGAAAGCCUUCUCGAAGUGAAAAUACUCAAAUUGGAAGUGAUGUUUGCUUACUGGUACCUAUUGAAUCUAAGAGAGGUAGACGGUAUUCUCAAUACAAACGAACCAGCAGGCAAAGAUCAAGAAGGAGCUCUGUCAUUAGUGUCAGUCCUGAUAGUACCAGUGCUUUAGACAUUGUCAAAGCUUGUAGUCCUCUUCCAUUGGCCAAGGAGAAUGACCAGAAGGCUGGUUCCACAGAAAUCUCUAUCAAUAACACCCUCAGUGAACAUAUCCAGAUGCAAAGAAAGUCAACAACAAGCCAACAAAAACUUUCAGUUGAUCCGAAUAGUUUAUGUGAACAAAAGAGUAAAGAGAAUCAAUGUGUGAACGUGACAGAAAACAUUGAUGAUGGCAAUGUGAGCAGUACCUUAGCUGAAAAUAAAUACAGCAUCAAUGACAUUUCAGACACUCUUAAAAGGGCCGACCAUACAACCUCGUUAACCGAACUGGAAUCUUUGCAAUCAAAAUGCCAAAAUAUGUUGCAGCAUUUUAUCUCAAGUUUUGAACGAGAUCAGAAAAUAGCAUUCAACCAAUCUUUCGUUUCAAGGCGUCUCAUCUUGGAGCAAUAUUUGGAUCAUCCCCCUGCACAAAUCGAUCUGAAAUACGAAGCAAUAAAUUCUUACUUGGAGUUGCAGAUGAUGAUGGAAGCUUGGCAGUUUGUGGACAACAAAAUUAACUUUCUAAGAGGUAAACCUACGUUUAGGAGUUUGCUUUGGUAUGAUCCUUCUCUUUACGGAGAACUCUACAAGGGGGAAGUCGGCUUUCAGCAGCAGUCAUCCUUGUUUGCUUCUUUUCAAAAGAUCUUGGCACAAGAGGGCAAUGAUAAACUGCAGGAAUAUUAUCAUGCGGUGUCCUCUUUGCAUCAACAGCUGCAUGCGGCACCUGAUGCUUCUUACUACAUGUAUCUGAAGAGCAAGCGUGAGCUCCUCGAGGCAGAGGCUGCACUCAGAAAUCCACGUGAUAUUAAGAACUUCUUUUUAUCUGUACCAAUUGCUGCAACAAUCAACUUUGGAGACAGUUUGGAAAACCUGGAAAAGGUUCACAAAGUUAUAAUGACUUUUGUGGAAACACCAUCAGAUCAGUUGCCAGGGACAUUUGAUGUGGGGAAAGCGGAGCAUCUGUCCAUCACAUGCAGAUAUAUCCAAGAAAAAGAGCUUUUCAUAAGGUCCUGCAAAGAAAUGAUUAGCAAAAUAUCGUGGUUUGGAAUCGAACAUCUUCUUUAUGAUGCCUCUAAGGUUCUUGUUUGGCAAGACAUGAAUCAUGGUGCACCAAGUGAGGCUCUUGAGACAUAUAAGAAUUCAAACCCACAGAUCAUUUUUGGGGUGACAGAGUCAGGUGUUACUCUUGUAAACAAAGUGGAGCACCUUCCUCCAUCCACAGAUAGACAGACUCCACAAAAGAUUGAAGUUGCUAGAAAACGCAAAUGUUUACAGUUAUGGAUGUCCUCUGAACCCAGUGUGUCAAAGAGCAUAAAGUCUAGCAAGGAGCUUGCUUACAAAAUGGCUAAAAGGAGGGUGACUCAUCCACCUGUAACACAUUGUGACGUGAAUGAUAAAGGCCCCCUUUUCCAAACAACUCCAGCCACCCAUCUUGAGGAGCUGAGCCCUUACUACCCACUCCCUCGCAGAAUGGAUCCACAGUGGGGAAUGGUUGGACGUGAUGCUGUAGACUGGAAGACACCUAACACAGUCCCCCCCUCGCCUUCAACGUCUCAUGCUCACUCCGAAAUACACUCUCGUCUUCUGUCUAAAAGACGAAGGGCUGUUUCACAUUCUUCAGACAGGAGAUCUUUAGCAGACAUACAAAGACCUCAAUGGCCUUCGGUCUCAGAUUCCCAAGCAACUUUACGAGGAGAUUCUUGUGCUUCACGUUCAGCAUUUGAGAGCGUUAAAUAUCAACAAAAUAGCACUGCAGCGCAUUGUUCUAUGCUCUCACAACAGCAAGUAAACCAGUUCAGUUUAGCCAUGACACAACCUUAUAAUUUACCAAACUGUAAUGUAAAUCAAAAUUUGGUAUCUUCUCCUCUCUCAGUCCAGGCUUUGACUCAUGUUCCUGUGCCCAACACGAUUACAACAAUUCAAUACCCUUACUUCCUUCUGAAUGGACAAACAUACACCACAGGCUCCACUGGAGCCAUUCACCCUGAUACUAGAUAUUAUCCUAGCGCCAUUUAGGGCUAUACGGUACUUUACGAUUGAAUUUUAUGUAUAUCUUUUACAUGAAUAUCCCACUGCAUCAAUGCAGAGAUCAUGCAUGCACUUGGUACUUUUAAGCAAAUGUACUUAAAUGGGUCUUUAUAUGUAAAAUAACACACAUUUUAGGAGAAAUUCUCUAUGUACUCUAUAUAACGCUAUAUUUUAUAGCGUAAUGUGUUGUAUACAAGAUGUUGAUGUUACCUUUUUGUAAUAUUUAUUGAAAUUUAAUAAUUAUUUUCUACAAAACAUGUGAAUAAAGAAAUGGUUUGAUCAUUUUA